AUGGCCGACGUGUCCUCUACUCGCCUCUAUCUGGGCAAUCUUCCCCGCAACAUCACAAAGCAGGAUAUUGAAGACCACUUCAGCACACAUGGAGCUGGUACCAUCAAGGAAAUCAAGCUAAUGAACGGCUUCGGUUUCAUCGAAUACGAGGAUGCCAUGGAUGCUCGCGAUGUGGUUCCAGUAGAUGGAACUGAGUUCAAGGGUGAGCGAUUGACCGUUCAGUUCGCUCGAGGCCCGCGCCGCAAGGAUGACUUUUCUGGCCCUCCGGAUCGUAAUGUGCCUCGCCCCCGUCGUACCAUCUAUCGCAUGCAGAUUACUGGUUUGCAACCCGAGACCAGCUGGCAGGAUCUGAAAGAUUUCGCUCGAAAUUCUGGCCAACUCGAUGUCGUCUACUCCGAGACGGGACGUGAACGCGACGGCAAAGGCUUCGUCGAAUUCGAAACUAGCGCCGAUCUCAAGACUGCCGUUGAAAAACUAGAUGGACAAAGCUUCAAGAAUGCUACUGUCCACUGUAUUGCAGAUAUUCAAGAAGAACGAGCGGAUGCCAGGAGUUAUCGCCAACGCAGCCCACCACGCGGUCGCUACGGUCCUCCGGAUGACUGGGACCGCCGUCCGCCUCCACCAAGAGGCUACAGUCCACGAGGCUACCGUGAGCGCUCUCCUGGCCGUCGCCCACCACCUGACGACUACUACGACCGAGGCUACGGACGACGAAGCCCACCUCGAGGAUAUGAUGGGCCGCCACCUCCUAGGAGGUACGAUAUUGAUCCAUAUGAUAGCCGAGGUCCACCACCUGCUGCACGAGGAUACGGUGACCCAUAUGCAAGAAAUGGAGAUCCGUACGCUCGUCCUCGAAGCCCGCCUCGUUACGGAGGCUAUGGGUCUGGAGGAGGUGGUGGAGGCUACCCUGCCUAUGACGAUCGCCGUGGAUACUAG